GUGGCUCGCACUAUAAAAAGUUAUAUCUCUGUAGAGCCAAGCUUCUAACUCUACAAGCCCUAACUUCACAAACUCUACUCCUUAGUCAAAAUAUUUGCCUUAUUUGUAGUACAUAUGGUGAUACUUUCCGGCACACGUGCGGGAAUGAGCACUUUCCGUGCAAAUGUCGAAACUUUAAAUAACCAUAUGUACUAUAAAACGUUGUACACGUGCAAAUAUGUAGUUCGCAAGUCGUGUCGAUUUAAAACACUCCCUUCGGUCAUGUUUAAAUUUAUCACCACUCGUUGCGAAUUUCCUAUUUUCUGCACUUGUAUCGUAAAUAACUAUCGUGCAACCAUGACUGCAAUAAGAAAUUAUGUUGUGAUGCUUGUUUCUUCUGUUAUAUGACGUAUUUAAAAAAUAAGAAACUUUUCUAACCGCAUUUAUUUACUAAUUGGCUCGGGCAUAUGCCAUCUCCAUCACUCUUGACGCUCGCUUGUUAGCGUGAGUGUGUCGAGAAGCGGAGCAGGUGCGGCCGCGGCGGCCGCGGCAGAAGCGUCGCGCUUGUGCGGCGAAAUGGGCGCGGCGCUGCUGCUGCUGCUGCUGACGGGCGCGGCGGGCGCGCGGGACACGCGGCGCGCCGUGGUGCCGGGCGCCGUGCGGCUCGGCGCGCUGUUCGCCGUGCACGGCGCGCCGGGCGGCGGCGGCGCGUGCGGCGCCGUGCGCGAGCACUACGGCAUCCAGCGCGUGGAGGCCACGCUGCGCGCGCUGGACGCCAUCAACGCGGACGCGGCGCUGCUGCCGGCGCUGCCGCUGGGCGCCGAACUGCGCGACUCGUGCUGGGCGCCGCACACGGCGCUGCGCCAGACCAUCGACCUGGUGCGCAAAGCCAUCGACCCGCAGGCGUACGCCGCCGCCGCUUGCACCGCGCCCGGCGCCGCCGGCACGGCCGGGGACCAAACGGUAAUCCACUUUCAUCAAUUCUCUCUCUCUCUCUUAUUCAUUGCAGCAUUCACUUAUUUAAUGCGGCUGCAGGAGACAGCGCCGCUGCUGGGCGUUCUGGGGCCGGGUGCGAGCGCCGCCGCCGUGCAGGUGCAGAACCUACUGCAGCUCUUCUCCAUUCCGCAAGUGUCAUAUUCAGCGACGUCGCGCGAGCUGUCGGACCGCGCGCGCUUCGCGACGUUCUUCCGCGUGGUGCCGUCGGACCGGCAUCAGGCGCGGCUGCUGGUGGCGCUGCUGCGCGCGCACAACUGGACCUACGUGCACGCCGUGCACACUGACGAGAGCUACGGGCAGAGCGGAAUGGCAGCGUUCCGCGAGGAGGCGCUAGUGGGCGGCGUGUGCGUGGCGCGCGAGGAGGGGCUGCGCGCUGCUCCGGCGCCGGCCGAGGUGGAUGCGGUGCUGGAGAGGCUGGCGCGCGGCCCGCGCGUCGCUGUUUGCUGUUUUUUCUUAAAUCUAGGGGAAGAAAAUGGUGUCUUUCACACCUCACUCUUUUUUUAUACCACGACGGUGGCAAACAAUCAUACGGCCCACCUGAUGGUAAGCAGUCACCGCAGUCUAUGGACGCCUGCAACUCCAGAGGUGUUACAUGCGCGCUGCCGACCCUUUAAAAACCUGCACACUCCUCAAUCGUCUGUCACGAUGCUGUGGCCAAUGAUGAUGAUGUUCUAUGAUGAAAAGUGUAACAGGUGCGAGGGACGUACGGCGCGCGCUCUGCUGGCGGGCAUGGCGCGGUCGCCGGCGCGGCGGCUGCGGCUCGUGGGCAGCGACGGCUGGGCCGACCGCGGCGACGUGGUGGCCGGCCUGCAGGUCCCGGCCGACGGCGCGCUCACGCUGCGCAUCCGCUCGCCCUACCUCGCCGGAUUCGACACGCACUACCACAAGCUGCACCCCAGAAACAACACCAGGAAUCCCUGGUUCCAGGUAAAUAAUCCUGAUGGUUUGUUCAAGCCAGGCACGGAGUCGCUGGCUCGCGGCUACUCGCAGGAGCCGAAGCUGGCUCUGGUGGUGCGCGGCGUGUACGCGCUGGCGCACGCGCUGCACGCCAUGCGCGAGGCGCGCUGUGGACCCCGCCCCGGCCUAUGCGCCGCCAUGCUGCCCUUUAACGUGUCGCUGUAUCAGGCGCAUCUCCAGCGUGUGCGCUUCACGGCGCCGGACGGCGCGCAGGUCGCCUUCGACGACAACGGCGACCCGCCACCCGAGUCAGUUGUACCACAACUUGCGCUUACUUUUGCUUACAAUUUUAUUCUGAUAUUUCUGAUUCACGGUCACUUCAAGUGCUUGCGGGCUGUGUCUGUCUGUAUCUUUUGUUUAUUGAGCAGGUUGAGUGAGUACGACGUGAUGAGCUUCGAGCGCGCACCGGGCCGUGGCGAGGGGGACGCCGACGGGGUCGGGGAGGGGGAGGCGUGGCACUACGUGCGCGUGGGCCGCUGGCGGCGCGGCCAGCUGCAUCUGCGCGGUGGUCGGCAUGCGCCCGAGAGGCGCGCAGCGGGCACGGAGGCGACUUGCUCGGCGCCGUGCGCGGCGGGGCAGUGGGCGCGCGCGGCGGGCGGCGGGGAGGCGGGCGGCGCGCGGCGUGCGCCGUGCUGCUGGACGUGCGUGCCGUGCGCGCCGCUCGCCGUCACGCGCGCGCCGCCGCACGCCGGCUGUCGGCUCUGCCCGCCCGGGCACAGGCCCGAUGUGCACAGGAAAUUGUGCCUGCCGUCGCCGGUGGAGUGGGGCGGCGGGCGCGGCGGCGGCUGGGCGCGCGCACUGGCGGGCGGCGCGGGCGCCGCGGGGCUGGCCAGCGUGUUGCUGUGCGCGGCGACGUUCUGGCGACACCGCGGCACGCCCGUCGUCAAGUCCGCGUCGCGCGAGCUCUGCGCGCUGCUGCUGGCCGCGGCUGCGCUCUGCCACGUCGGCGUGGAAGGAAGAAUGGGCGAAGGCUGCGACUGGUCACCACAAAAGUACCCAAAACCCUACUCUGAAGCCGAAGGGCUUCUCGCUGCAGAGGAAAUACUGGUGCCGCCUCAACAGAAUCCGCACAGGUCAUGGCAGGUGCAAUUAUAUGCGUCACAAAUGGGGAUGGAACGAGAGUCCGUUGUAACUACCUCGACAGAAAUGGAUCACCUGGGAUCUCGCAGAUUGUAUUAUAAGUUUCAGCCAAUUGCCAAUUUACACAAGUACAUUAAAUUUUUUGAAGCCGCGCUGGCAGCAGUGGCGCGUCCCGCGGCGCUCCCGUGCGCACUGUCGAGGCUUGCAGCACCAGCACUGGGCGGUGUUUACGCGGCCGUGCUCGCGCGCACCGUUCGCAUCGCGCGCCUGGUCGCGGGCGCCGAGCGCGGCCAGUCCGUGCCGCUGCUGUCGUCGCGCGCGCAAGUGGCCGGCUGGGGGGUGCUGGUGACGCCGGGCGUGCUGGCGGCGGCGUGGGCGGCGGUGCGCUGGCCGCCGACGCCGCGCCUGCUGCACCCGGGGCGCGCGCGCGCCGUGCUCGUGUGUGGCGGCGAGCGCGCGACGGCGCAGCUGCUGCCGUUGGCCCCGGCGCUGCUGCUUCUAGCUUGCUGCGCGGUUGCAGCGAUUCGCACUCGUCGGUUACCGCAUAACUUCAAUGAAACGAGGUUCAUCGGCGCGGCGACGUACACGACCGGCGUGGCGUGGCUGGCGAUGUCGGCGCUGUACGUGGCGCUAGAAGCGCGCGCGGUGGCCCUGUGUGCGUGCGCUUCGCUCUGCGCAGGCGCCUGCGUGGCCCUAUCCCUCGGCCCGCGCGCCUGGCUCUGUCUGUGCCGCCCGCAGCGUAACACACGCGCGCACUUCCUUACGAACACCUCCAUAAGGUGCCACAUCGGGAAGUACCGCCCUGCACCCGCGUCGGAUAGGCGAGCCUCGCAGCCACAUUUGGUCUCUUUUAAACAAGGUACUUAAUAAAAUUGUACACUAAAUAUUUCAUUUAAUGUUAAGUUAAGUUUAGUACAAUAAUAAUAAAAUACUAGGGAAGCGCUGGUGGCCUAGCAGUAAGAGCGUGCGGGAGAUCGCGGGUUCAAACCCCCAUAAGGCUCGUCAAUGUGUUUUUCGGAACUUAUGUACGAAAUAUCAUUUGAUAUUCACCAGUCGCUUUUCGGUGAAGUUAAACAUCGUGAGGAAACCGGACUAAUCCCAGCAAGGCAUAGUUUACCCUCUGGAUUGGAACGUCAGAUGGCAGUCGCUUUUUUUUUUCUUUUUAUUAUUCGGAAAACCAACAGCUUAAGUAAACUAAAACUAGGUUAACAUAAAUAUGUAUCAGGGAAGCCAAUUACAGGUUUCCACUUUCGUACGCCAAAUCUUCGGAUUAGUUGUCAAGCGGACCCCAGGCUCCCAUGAGCCGUGGAAAACGCGAGGAAGAUGAAGAAGAAUAAUAUAAUUCUUAGUGUAAGUAAAACUAACAAUGUAUGGGCCAAGGUCUGAAAUAAAUGUUUAUUUAUUUAUUAUCAACGCACAUGAUAUAAUCGUACAACACAUUCAAUCACCAAAUUGAAAAGUAAAAACGUAAAAACUAUCGGUAUGACUGAUGCGAACGAAGAGAUUAGGUAUGUAUGUGGAACCUUCACCACAUCGCACUGGUUAUGUCCUCAAAACUUGGUGUAGCCCUGUCAGAUGCGAAGGUGAGCCGGGUCUUCAGAGCUGGAGAUAGACGUCGGCUGAGCGAGGCAACGGUGGCUGACAAACUUCUUCUUAAUAGAAGUACAGCGACUCAAUGUAAAUAUAGAUGUAAUUAUAUUAACAGAGUGCUGGCUAGGAGCAAAAGUGCCACCCGCACAGAUGCCAGGCUACUCAAUGUACUCGACAAAAAACAGUCUUAAUCGUACUGGCGGAGUUGUAGUUGUAGCCUAUGUCAAAGAAAACUGGAACGCUAUUGUUACUGAUCUGUUUUUCGAAGAAGGUCUCAUCAUUAAGUUGUCGAAUUCGAUAACGGUCGAUCCAUACGCCUCGUGCGUUUCGUUAGUUCUCUCUUUCGUUACCAGAAGACCUCUGCUGAUAACUGUCCUUAGCAUGUCCUCCGAUCUUUUUCGAGCGAUCUUAUUGGUUUAAGUGCUACGCGAAAUAUAAGGAAUUUUGAUGGACACUUUUCAUACACAUAGAUUGUUCUCCUUACUUCUACCCUCCAUAAUAAUGAGAUUUUACUAUUAACACUAGAAUAAUUCUGGCUCAGUUUUCUUUAUAUAGUUAGAAAGAGAGCGCUUUAGGUGUCAAGUUAGGCACGUAUCGAAAACUACACGAACAAUAGAGUAAAAACGUUAGUGACUCCUGGUACCAGUUUAAAAUUUUAGUACCAUAUAUAUGUAACCACUUGGAUCUCUGAUGUACACU